AUGUUAUAAAUUAAGGUUUCAUCAGCCUUACCACAAAAUCCCUACUUUAUUAACUAAGUCGAGUAAUUCUUGGUCGACUCCAACACUUUGAUAAGAAAUGUAAGUCCUCUCUAAUUUAGGGGUAUUAUCGGAAAUGUGUUAUGCAUUUGGAUGGUCAAUAUAAAAAACUGCUACCUAUAGAAUCACCGUUGCUGCUAAGAAUCAAAGUCUUGAGAAGAUUAUGCUAUUGUACGUUAAUGUAUUUCAAACUCAAAAUCAACAAGGGCGAAAUUAAUUAAGGCAAAAAUUAGUUCACUCUUUGGUCACGAUUCCUACUCUAUAUGAGAGAUUUCCAUGAUAACAUUUCACUCUUGAAGAUCUAGUAUAAGAGUAAGUGAUAUUGAAAUACUUAAUUAGAAAAGUUUUACACUCAAGAAUUGAUAUCGAUAAUGAUAAAGGCAUUACUAUUCAGAUCGCAAUAUUAUCAGAAGAAUCAAAUGGUAGCCAGAGGUCUCUUGUACUUUCAUCAUCUUAAUGGUACAAUAAUUGAGUAGACUUUGAUUGAGAAAAUAACGUUUUUCCUAAGUUUAUAAGGGUAAGAUUGUGUUCAAAUAAAUUAGCAAAUACCAUUUGGUUGCAGGAAACAGCUACUUUCAAUUGUAAAACUACCAGGCAGCUUUGAAAUAUUAUCUCAGAGCACUCGAUUUUUACCAAAGGAAUUUAAUAAUCAUUUAUAAGGAAAUCACACUAACUUCCUUAGAAGAAAUAAAGAUUACUCUGAAUUAUUAUGUAAUCAAUAUUGAUAAUAAUAUCCAUAGUCAAAGGAGAUCAUAUUAUCUUUGUUUUUAAUAGCUUUAGUGUACGAAUAGUUAAAUGACUUUCUAAAAUAUCAAGAAACCAUCAAAAUGAUGACUUGGGUUGAUUCGAAUUAUUAGCCAGAAGACUCCAUAGGAAGACUCUAUUUCUAAUAAUAUGUGGACAACACCAGAUACUUAGAAUAUGCACUUGAGAAGGCUGAAAUAUCUAAAGUACUAAAGCAAGCUCUGCCAGAAGAAGAAGCAUUGAAAGUUCCUGUCGAAGAAGAUCAAUUAAAUUAUUACAACAAUAUGCUGUACGAAUUUAGUGAAUUUCCAAAAAUCAGACGACAAUAUUUCUAUUAUGAUAAGGCAUAACUUCCAUACAGCAAUGACAUCAUAGAAAGUGAAACUUAUUUGGAGAGAUCCAAAGCUCUUAAAACAAAUGCCAGUGUUUAGAUGGUUUAUAAGCAGCAAACAAAUGAAAAUGAGUCUACAACCAUAUGUAGGUCGGUAUUGAUGAAAACUAAAUAUUCGGAUAAUGGAUUGUCAACUAGGUUUUAAACUGAAUCAGAAGGGUUCUCAUAACCAAUGAUUCAUGUUUAAUAAUCAAACAGAAAACAUAAAAAGUAACUAAACAAAGAAGAUGUCACAUUACAAAUGUAUUAUGGAAAUGCAAUAGAGAAGUCAGUCAAAUUGUAAGAAUUAGAGAAUUUAGCCGAAUAGCAUAAUUAAGAUUUAGUGUAAUAGCAAAUAGAAACUAUUACAUUUGAUAAAACUUUGAAACAAUCAAAAUAAUAAAUUUGUAAUUACUCACACCUUAUUUUUAGAAUUUAAGAAAUUGUUUGGUUGUAUUAGUUUGAACAAAGAGCCCUUUGAACAUGAAACUAGAGAGUCUAGAAAGAGACAGAGGAAACAGUAAGCUAAAAGCAUCAAUCAAUUACAACAACUGUUAAGUAUUUAGCUUUAAAUCAAAACAAAGACUGAACAAUCUCAAUUGUUGGAGUAGUACAAUAAGUAGAGGAAAUUAAACUCUUAAUCAUCACCUAAUAUAUUUUAAAAAGUGCAUAACAUGCAUCGAUAAACCAGAACAUUGAAAAUGGAAGAAAAGCCUGUAAUUACUAAUAAAGAAUUUAGUAAAGAUAUGGGCAGUAAUCAUAAGACCCAGGAUGAAGAUCAAUUGAUUAGAGAGAUAAAUAUCAACACCAAAGAAACUAUUAAAUAAAUGAUGGAUGAGAAGGAAAGCUUGAUCUAAUCAAAACCAUUUUCAACCAGAAGAUCAUCUUAAAACACUACUACCAAGUAAAAUUUAUAGUAAUUUAAGUAGAAGCAACUUUUUGUUUGAAAAAUUGAUCUAAAAAAAUGACAGUUUGGCCCACACAACAGAUUAAAUUAGUAAUUCAAAAAAGCUCAAUUCAUUGAAAUCUUUGUUGGAGGUAUCCAGAAAUAAUCCAAAUCAAAAGAGGAUGACUGCAAUUUUAUCAACAAUAACUCCUAGAUCUGCUAAUAAGAUGGGUUCACAUACAAUUUUACCUCUAUGUUGA